CUCGAUUUGCGGUCUCCCUGUUGGCCCGUGACCUGGAAACAAUCUGGGUAAAAUGGCGGCGCCCAGAGAUGAGACCGAGCCGGCCCGGAGUCCGCGGCUUGCCGCAUGAGACAGCUGAGGCUCAGAGAGAUUAAGGCCCUCUCCCGAAGUCACGCCGCAAGUUGGCCGCUAGGCCGGAAUUCGAACCCGCGUCGGUCCGAUUCUCCCAGGAAAUCCAGAAUCCUGACAGCCAGCCUCAGCGCUGCUGUGGUUGUCUAACGAGCAGCAGCAUGAGCUGGGCCCAAGCCAUCCUGCUGGCUCGGGGCCUCUCUCGGGGCUGGAGAGGCAUCUGCGGGGCUGUCCUCACGGGAGCCCCCUUCUCUCAGGUGCCUCUCCAGGCCCCACGGGGCCUCCACUGCAGCGCAGCCGCCCAUAACUCUGACUCGUGGCUGGUCCCGCCCUGGCCUGAGCCCCGGAAGGGACCCACGAAGGCCCUGACCCUCCAUGAGGAGCUGUUCCAGCAGACACUGGAAGGGGCACGGGACAAGGCAAACUUCGUGCGCGCGGUGCAGAACUUCGGGCAGCACAACGUGCACAAGCGGGGCCAUGUGGACUUCAUCUACCUGGCCCUGCGCAAGAUGCGGGAGUACGGUGUCGAGAGGGACCUGGCUGUCUACAACCUACUGCUUGACAUCUUUCCCAAGGAGGUCUUCCGGCCUCGAAGCAUCUUCCAGAGUAUGUUCAUCCACUACCCACGGCAGCAGGAGUGUGGGAUCGCCGUCCUGGAACAGAUGGAGAGCCACGGCGUGAUGCCCAACAAGGAGACUGAGUUCCUACUGAUUCAGAUAUUUGGACGGAAAAGUUACCCGAUGCUCAAGUACGUGCGCAUGAAGCUGUGGUUCUCCCGCUUCAAGAAUAUCAACCCCUUCCCUGUGCCCCGGGACCUACCCCAGGACCCUGUGGACCUGGCCAAGUUGGGCCUGCGGCACAUGGAGCCCAACCUCAGCGCCACGGUCACCAUUUACCAGGGGCUGGGGGCCACAAGCUUCCACCCCUCCUCCUCCUUGCAGAUGCCUUCUUCCAAAGACUCCACGGGUACAGCAGAUCCCACUGAGCCCCACAUUGUAGGAAUCCAGACUCCUGAUCAGCAGGCUGCCUUGGCCCACCACAACCCAGCCCGGCCUAUCUUCGUCGAGGGCCCCUUUUCCCUGUGGCUCCGAGACAAAUGUGUCUAUUAUCACAUCCUCAGAGCUGACUUGCUGCCCCCUGAGGAGAGGGAAGUGGAAGAAAUUCCAGAGGAAUGGAAUCUCCACUACCCGAUGCAGCUGGACCUGGAGUACGGGAGGAGCGGCUGGGAUGACUACGAGUUUGACAUCCAUAAAGUGGAGGAAGGUCCUGUCUUCGCCAUAUGCAUGGCGGGUGCCCACGACCAAGCUACACUGGCCAAGUGGAUCCAGGGCUUGCAGGAGACCAAUCCAGCCCUGGCCCAGAUCCCCGUGGUCUUCCGCCUGGCGGGGUCCACCGGGGAGCUCCUGGCGUCCUCCUCAGGGCUGGAGGAGCCGCCCCCACCAGAGGGCCAGGAAGAGGAGGAGGACAGUCAGCAGCGACAGCAGCAGGGCCAGAGCUGAGCUUGAGCGAUCACCUGCACAAGCUGUGGACUGGUGUGAUAGCGUGAGAUAGAUGCCUUUUGAGUGUACAGCAAAUAAAAGUUUUGCGUCUUGGG